AUGUUAGCCGGUCGUCGAGAUCCACAUCCGACUGUCGACAAUCGGCUAGUCGAAACGAGAGUCAAGAAACCGAAAGUCUUGACACAUACAGUCAAGAAUCUCAGCAGUUUCCCAUUAACAGAGGCCCAGGUAUCCAUUUUGGCGAAAGGACAUAAUUUCGCUGUUGCCCCAACCAAAAUUCCUACUCAAGAGAUCAUUAGCCAGACGGAAACGGCCAUCUUUCACCUGCCUUCGGAGAUUGGCAAUGAGAUCAGAAGAAAGCUGUCCAACAUCCUCCACAAAGCGAAACCUCCUAAACAAAAUAUUACUAGGGAGGAACGCUCAGCUUUACUCAGUCUUAAGAAGAAUGACAAUAUUGUCAUCCUUCCAGCAGACAAAGGUAAUGCGACUGUGGUCAUGGACAAGGAAGCUUAUUCUGAUAAAAUCAAAGCCAUGUUGACCAAUUCGAAUAUAUAUAAAAAGCUCAACAAGGAUCCAACCUCAGGCGUGGAGAGGAAGCCGGUCAAACUUCUGAAGGUAGCUGAUCUCUCUCCCGAAACCCAAAAAAUCCUUAGUCCCCGAGAAUCCUUCUCUCCCAGACUUUAUGGUCUCCCAAAAAUUCACAAAGAGACUAUCCCCCUUCGUCCAAUAGUGAGCAGCAUUGGUGCCACCACGUACCAAUUAGCUCGCUAUCUGACCAAACCACUCCAAAUACUCGUGGGUCAGAAUAGUUCCCACAUCAAAAACUCCCAAGACUUCGUGAACAAACUGUCUCACAUUCAAACUAGUCCAGGAGAUCUUUUGGUUAGCUUUGAUGUGGAGUCCCUGUUCACGAAUGUACCCAUUCCCGACACUCUUAACAUUAUCAAAAAACCCCACAAAAAUCCACCUAAACUCCUCACUCUGGUUGAACACUGCUUGACUUCCACUUAUUUCCAAUUUCAAGGGGAGUUCUAUGAAGAAACAUUCGGAGCAGCAAUGGGUUCACCGAUUUCUCCCACCAUAGCAAACAUUUUUAUGGAAGAUUUCGAAAAUAAAGUUCUUAAAUCAGCUCCUCUUAAACCCCUUGUUUGGUUCAGGUAUGUCGACGACACUUUGGUCCUCUGGAAACAUGGAGCAGACACGUUGCCUCAGUUCCUGAAUUUUAUCAACUCACAACAUCCGAGCAUAAAAUUCACUAUGGAGAUUGAGGAACAGAAGUCACUUCCCUUCCUAGAUGUCUUAGUGCAUCGUAAUGAGGACGGAAGUCUUGGUCACCGAGUCUACCGAAAACCUACACAUACAGACAGAUACAUCCAUGCCUUCUCACACCAUUACCCUUCUCAAAAGACCUCGGUGAUAAGUUCUCUUAUGUACCGAGCUCUCACUAUUUCCCAGCCUGAAUACCUGGAAGCCGGAGUUCAACACCUGGAUAAAGCAUUGAAUAACAAUGAAUUCCAGAGCAAACAAGUCCACCGUGUUUUGCACAAGCUGAAAAACAAGAACUCAGCUGAGAGUGAAUCUGCUGAUAAAGUAGAACAUCAGAAAACGCCUGUUCUGCCCUAUCUUCAAGGUUCGACCGAUCACAUUAGCAAGGUACUACAGAAGCAUGACAUCAGGACAAUUUUCAAACCACCAACGAAAAUUGGACAAAUGCUCCACAGUACUAAGGAUGGGAGACCACCACUUAGUCUCCCAGGGGUGUACAAAAUUCCUUGCUCUUGUGGAAAAGUAUACAUUGGUGAAACCGGGAGGAGAAUCAGUACACGGAUCAAAGAACAUCAACGGUGUGUAAAAAAUGGCCAUUUCUCGUAA